UUUCUUUAACUUCAAAAUGUCGAUGAGAGAUGGAACCUCGCUUUUCGUUGGAAGGUUGAGUAAACGCACUCGGACUAGGGAUGUUGAGGAAAUAUUUCGGGAAUAUGGACAUAUGAGCAGAUGUGAAGUAAAGUAUGGUGAAGAAAUGGCUUAUGCCUUUGUUGACUAUGAAGACAGAAAAGAUGCUGAGGAUGCCAUACGUUGUGAGAAUGGCCGCAAGGUGUUAGGUUCCACUAUUAUAGUAGAGCAUUGUAAAGGAGCCCCUAGACGCCCCAUGGAUAGAAGAGGAGGCGGAGGUUAUGGUGGCAGAAGAGGGGGACGUUAUGAUGACGAUGAGUGCUACAAAUGCCAUCGAACUGGCCACUGGGCUAGAGAUUGUCCAGAUGACAGAUCCUUUGGGUUCAGGCGUCGCUCAAGGUCACCAAGGAGAAGUUCCAGGAGGUCAAGGUCACAAGAUCGAUACGGACGUUCAACAAGCCGUGACAGAAAUAGAUCAAGGUCAUACUCAAGAAGUCGUUCUCGAAGUCGUUAAAACAGCAUAAAACUAGAACAAACUUUGUUGCAUACAAUUGCAAUUGAGGAUAAUCAGACUCAUAAUGUUAAAAUUGGAUGCUGAUUGUACAUUGUAUAUAGCCCCAAAGAGUUCUCGCAUUACAGUAGUCUUCUUGUAGAGACAGUUAUGAUGUUAAAGCUGGAUACAAGUCUAAGAAAACCUGUUGGAUAUGCAGGAAUUUGAGAUUCCAAUGUAAAUGUGGGACAGUAUGUGAUUUGUGAAAUUUGUCAAAACAGAAUCUAUGAAAGCUAAUAUAUGUCUUUAAAUGUAAGCACAAACUAAUGGUCCUGUCAUUUUUGUUUUCCUUCACCACAUUGGGAUUUGAAAACUUCCCUCGUUGUAAUUGUUUAGUACAUGUAAGAACAUGUUUAUCUGAAAAAUGGAAAGCAUGUCACUUGAAAUUAUUGAGAUAAAGUACAGAAGAAAAUUAAGUUGCCUUAUCGAUAGUAUUUGUUGAAUCUUCCCUAGAUCAAAGUCAAUUGAUUUUAAUAUCUUUGUCCAAGAUAUUUCAUUGAAAAAUUGAAAGAAGUUUUUUCAAAUGAGACAUUCAAUAUGACCUUUGACUUCAAAUGACAUUUACAAAAGUUUUUUCACUUAGCUUUCUUCCAUUGCGUUUCAGUGAGUUUAAAUGUCAAUUCAGAAGUACAAUGUAAAAUAAAGAUAAAAUCUCUGAAAGUGUGAUCUGAGUGCCAUGCACAUUUCUCUACUCAGCAUAUCCUGGUCACACUCGUAAAUCAUGUAAAUGCAACUAGGUCAGUUAAGAAAGUAAUAACUAUAGAAAGU